AUGACAUCGGCAACAAGUGUGACGGUAACAGCUUCAGGUAAUGAUCAGGUACUAACUGAACCUGUUCAAGGACAGAAGGUGAAUGAGUUUCAAGAUGGUAGAGUAACUCACAAGUACUCGUGGAAGGCUUCAAUAUAUGAUUGGUGGAAACAAGGUUUUGGAUCAUACACUGAUGAACAAGUUGAAAGCAAUUUGUUAUCAAUAUUACCAUUUUUCCCUCUUCUGGAUGGGAAAAGAGAAGCUAAGGUUAUCAACACCGAUAUCGGGAAUGGUAAUUAUAUUCACGAAUUUUACAUUGAGAACAAGGAAAAGCCAUCUCAAUCUGAUAAAUUGGCCAUUUCUGCAAGUACUAAAGAUGUGGUUUUAGUCCAUGGGUAUGCAGCAUCAUUAGGUUUAUUCAUUGAUAAUUUUGAUGAACUUUCAAAGGUACCCGGAAUACAAAUUCAUGCUAUUGAUCUCUUGGGGUUCGGAUUUUCCUCAAGGCCAAAGUUUCCCAAUUUAGCACUGGCUUCGGCUGAAGAUAUACAGAAAGUGGAAGAUUGGUUUGUUGACUCAUUGGAAGAAUGGAGAAAGCGUCGUGGUUUGGAUAAGUUCAUUCUUAUGGGACAUUCAUUUGGUGGGUAUUUGAGUUGUGCCUACGCAUUGAAGUACCAAAAGGAACAAAUAGAAAAAUUGGUACUUAUAAGUCCUGUGGGUGUUGAACGUAGUAAAUACUCAUAUCUCAACAAAGUUGAUCAAAGUGACGUAGUGUCUCCGAGUGAGAAGAUGAGACAAGAAGCCGAGGAACCAAACGUUCAUUAUGAAAAUGAAGUUGAUUCCAUAGAUAAUUCGGUGAAGUCAUCACUGAGAUCUAAUACCCCAAAAGUCUCGGAAGAAGAAGUACCUGAGGCACCUAAAUCAUUUAGAAGAAAGCUUGUGGAGCAGCUUUGGAUUAACAAUGUUUCACCUUUCACAAUCUUGCGUAACCUGGGACCUGCGAAGUCUAAAUUGAUUUCUGCUUGGACAUCUCAUAGAUUUGCCCAUUUCUAUGACAGAGACCCUCAACAAUUCCAAAGUGUUCACGAUUAUAUAUAUCGGAUCUUUAAUGCUAAUGGGAGCGGAGAAUAUGCUCUUACCCGUGUUUUAGAACCUGGAACAGUUCUUGCUAGAAUGCCACUUCUUGAUAGGUGUCCUGAAGAAUUUGCCAAGUUGAAGUUACCAACUUUGUGGUUAUACGGAGAUAAAGAUUGGAUGAACGAGCAGGCUGGUUAUGAAAUGACAAAGGAAAUCAACACUUAUUCUAUGAAGAAUUCAGGGAAGAAGCUUGCCUCUUUUGCCAUUAUUCCUAAUGCUGGUCAUCAUUUGUAUUUGGAUAAUCCUUCAGCAUUUGCUAACACCAUAUUUAAAUUCACUGGCUUCAAAGUUCCAACUUAA